CUAGUGGAAAUGUAGAGAGUGUAUUGUUGCUUGUACGAAAUGGAAAAUUUCAAUGAGAGAGAGAGCAGAAAAAAGGAGGUGAUAGCAAUAAUUGGUGGUGGGAUAAGCGGCCUGUUGGCUUGCAAAUAUGCAAUCAGCAAAGGAUUUGAUCCAAUUGUGUUCGAGUGGGAGAGUAGCAUUGGAGGUGUUUGGAGUAAGACUAUUGAGAGUACUAAGUUGCAGACACCAAAACCCCUUUACCAAUUCUCUGAUUUCCCCUGGCCCGAUUCUGUAACUGAAAUGUUCCCUGACCAUCAAACGGUGCUGGAGUACAUUGAAUCGUACGCACGUCACUUUGAUUUGCUUCGCCACAUUCACUUCAAUAGCAAAGUGUUGAGCCUCAGCUAUGAAGAUGGCGAACCCUCUCUUAGUGAAGAUUGGAAUGACGCAUUUAGCAGUAAAGGGAAGUGGAACGUCAAUGUACAGGACACUCUAACCCUCUCUACACAGGUAUACCAAGUUGAUUUUGUAGUAGUUUGCGUAGGAAGAUUCAGCCAAGUUCCCAACAUCCCUGAAUUCCCUCCAAACAAAGGCCCUGAAGCUUUUGAAGGCCAAGUAAUCCAUUCAAUCGAUUAUUCCAAAAUGGACUCCACAACUGCAACCAACUUUGUUAAAGGAAAACAAGUAGCCGUUGUUGGGUUCCAAAAAUCAGGAAUGGACAUUGCCAUGGAGUCCUCCACAGUCAAUGGGAUUGAACGUCCGUGCACAGUAGUAAUCAGGACACCGCAUUGGAAUGUUCCUGAUUAUUUCCCGUGGGGAUUCCCAAUGGCAAAACUCUAUUUGAAUAGAUUCUCAGAACUUAUGGUGCAUAAACCCGGUGAAGGCCUUCUUUUAUAUCUCAUUGCUACGAUUCUCUCACCUCUGAGGUGGGGAUUCUCAAAAUUUGUGGAAAGCCAUAUAAAACACAAGCUCAAGCUUUCAAAACAUGGGAUGGUGCCAGAGCAUAGUUUCUUAAACGAAUUGAGUACCUGUUUAAUUUCUACAGUGCCAGAGGGCUUCUACGACAGAGUUGAGGAAGGAAGUAUCAAGCUGGUGAAGAAAGCAAAGAGUUUUGGAUUUACUAAACAAGGCAUCGUGGUUGAGGGUCAGGCUGAACUAAUAAAAUCGGACUUAGUCAUACUAGCCACAGGGUUCAAGGGAAUUGAUAAGCUCAAACACAUUUUUGAAUCACCAAAAUAUCAGGAAUUCAUUGCGGGCACAGAUGAUUCUUCAGUUCCCCUCUACAGGGAAUGCAUUCAUCCCCGAAUUCCACAAUUGGCAAUAAUUGGAUUCUCAGAAAGCAUAGCUAAUGUAUUCACAUCAGAAAUAAGGUGCCGAUGGCUUGCAGAAUUUCUUGAUGGAAGAUUUAAGCUACCAAACAUUAAGGUGAUGGAGGAAGAGAUAGCAGAAUGGGAUAAAUACAAGAAGAGAUACUCUUAUAACAAGUACUAUAAGAGAUCAUGCAUCGGUGCAUUGCACAUUUGGUACAAUGACCAACUCUGCAAGGACAUGGGAUGGAACCCAAAGAGGAAAAACGGCUUUUGGGCUGAGUGGUUCCAACCUUACGGCCCAAUGGAUUACAUCGCCUAAUACCUGUUUCAACAAUAAUAUUGCUUCUUUUCCUUCACUACUUGCUUGAAUGCCUGUUUCAUAUUGUAUUCUACUCUAUACUUUUAAUUUGAUAAAUAUAAUAUUUGGAUA